AUGAAUGAAGUAAAUAUUCAUCUUAGGCUCUGCCUCAUUAAGCACGAGAGUUCGUUCAACACCGCAGCAACGAACGUCAACACCAACGGCAGCAAGGACAAUGGCAUUUUCCAGCUCUUCGCAACGCAGACAUCAGUGAUGACAUCAAAUGUGCGAAGCUUAUCUACAGUCGACAGGGUUUUAAUGCUUGGUAUGGGUGGAAAAACCACUGCAAGGGAAAGAAACUCUCCCCUCCAGCCAACUGCAAGAAUACCAUGUCCUUUCUGUGGAAAAAAAAAGAGGCAAACAAAGCCAAAACAUUUUAAAAAAUUACCUACAUUAAUGCCCAAAUAUUUGAAAAUUACUAAGUUAAUGGUUGAUGAAUUUGAGUAUACCAUACCAUUAUAUAAUUUGGAACAUUAUUAUGUAAACCACAAACCACACUAUGAUUCUGUGUGUCAAUGA